AAUUAUGCCAAAUAAUUAUGUGAUUUCAGCGUGACACUGAAAUCACACUGAAAUCAUUAUUAUACAACUUCAAUAUGGUAUUUGGUUUGUCUCCUUUUUUUCUUCUUCUUGUUCUUUUGAUAUCUUGUUAAUUUGCUAUAGCUGUGCUUGAGAAGCGAAUUUUCUGAAUGGAACGAAAAAAAUUGUGACGAAAUCACUCCUAGCAGAGUGGACGGAGAGAGGCCUGGGAGAUAGAGCCCAUGAAUUUCAUGACUUUCCUAAUCGUUGGCUUUGUUUAGAAUGACAAAGGCAUGAAGCCAUAUUCCCAUCUCAUUGUUGCUUGCUCUGUUUCAAUUUUCAAAGAAUUACUCAUGCAAUACACACACCAUUUGAGAUCCUUCCCACAUAACUUAGCAGGAGUAUCACAUUCUUGGUGACUUACAGAUUGUUUGCAUAGCCAUAAUUCCUUGUUCAACCAUGGGCACCAACACCUUUCAUGUUGCAAUGUAUCCAUGGUUUGCCAUAGGCCAUCUUACCUCAUACCUGCAAAUAUCCAACAAACUUGCUGAGCGAGGUCACAAGAUUUCAUUUCUCAUGCCUAGAAAUACUAUACCCAAAUUGGAGCAUUUCAAUCGCCACCCAGAUCUAAUCUCCUUCAUUCCAAUCACCAUACCACAAGUCAAUGGUCUCCCUCUCAGCUCUGAAACCACUGCAGACCUUCCUUUCUCAAUGCAUUCUCUUCUCAUGACCGCAAUGGACCUCACCAAGCCUGUGAUUGAAGUUUCUCUAAGACAGCUCAGACCCCAUAUGGUGUUCUUUGAUUUCACAUAUUGGUUACCUGCAUUGGCAUCUCGGUUAGGCAUUAAGGCCUUACAUUACUGCCCAAUUAGCCCUGCCACUGUGGGUUAUCUAAUAAGCCCAGAAAGAAAACUCCAUGAAAAAUCCUUAUCAGAAGCUGAUCUGAUAAACCCUCCACCAAACUUUCCACCAUCAGCCAUCAGGCUAAAACCUCAUGAAGCAAGAGGGUUAGCCACUGCCACUGUAAAGCAUUAUGGCAAAGGCAUUUCCUUUAUGGAGCGCCAAUUGAUCUCAUUCACCAGCUGUGAUGCUAUCGUUUUCAAAACUUGCCGAGAAAUGGAAGGCCCUUAUUGUGAUUAUCUUGAAAGCCAAAUGAGAAAGCAAGUGUUUUUGGCAGGUCCAGUUUUGCCAGACCCACCAACCUCGACUUUAGAAGAAAAAUGGGUGACUUGGCUAGGAAGUUUCAAACCCAAAACAGUGAUUUUCUGUGCCUUUGGAAGCGAAUGCAUUUUGAAGAGUAAUCAAUUUGAGGAACUGUUAUUGGGUUUUGAACUUACAGAAAUGCCUUUUCUAGCCGCCUUGAAGCCCCCUAUUGGAGCUGAAACAGUGGAGUCAGCUUUGCCAGAAGGAUUUAAGGAGAGAACAAAAGAAAGAGGGGUGGUUUAUGGAGAAUGGGUUCAGCAGCAAUUGAUCUUGAGCCACCCAUCUGUGGGUUGCUUUGUGACUCAUUGUGGGUCUGGGUCAUUAACAGAGGCCAUGGUAAAUGAGUGUCAAUUGGUACUGCUACCCCACGCAGGAGAUCAAUUUAUUAAUGCAAGAAUAAUGAGUGGAGAUUUGAAAGUAGGAGUAGAGGUUGAGAAAAGUGAAGAUGGAUUAUUUACCAGGGAAGCUGUGUGCAAGGUAGUAAGAGCCGCAAUGGACAAUGACAGUGAAGUGGGUCAAGUAGUGAAAACCAAUCAUGCUAAAUGGAGGGAGUUCUUGAUCAGUAAGGAGCUGGAAAACUCUUAUGUGGAUGAUUUGGUUCAGAAGCUGCAUGGUCUGCUCAAAUCUUGAUUCAUAAAGUAUUAAAAUUUUGAAAGUCACUACGCAAAUAAAAAGCAUUAAGUAUGUGAGAUACACAUAUUGAUGAUAGCCACAUAGCUGAAUGUGACUCGAUAGAAGACAAAAAUAUUCUGCUACUGAAAAGUUUAUCCUGUGCUAUAUAAGACACAAAUUUAUUCUUUUCUCAUGUCUCAAGUAUAGAGUUUCCAAGUAAAAUAAACGGGUGUACAAGUAGAAAGCGUUCUCGCAUAAUUACGUUCCUGAGCUUAAAAACAUAUAAACAGACAAUAAUGCAUACAGUAGAGAGCCAACCACACAAACAAAACAUGUAAAC